AUGGAAAAUGGUAUCUUUGAGAAGACCACAAACCAAAAUUCCAACACUGAAAAGGAAAGUUGUUUCACUCCUGACAGCUCCACUCUUGACAUUACACAAAAUGAUGUAAAUACUGAAGAAAUGCCAGUGGAGGAGCCGGAAGCUUGUCAUCUAGAGGAAAAGUUUUUAGUAUUCAAGUGGCAACUUCUACAGCUCUUUCAGUUUUGCCCAAGAUGUCAUUUUCCAGCAUCAACAACAGUAUGUUCUACCAACAGUUGUGCUUCAUUGGAGGCAGGCACAAAUUUCUAUCAUUGCCGACUUGAAUCACAGAACAGAGGGUUGGUGCUUGCUGGUGAUGGACGCUCGGACAGCCCUGGUCUUUGUGCUAAAUAUGGUGCAUUCACUUUCAUUGAAACCAAGAUCAACAAAGUUCUAGACAUUCAACAAGUGCAGAGCAAUGAAGUUCCAAAUAGUUCAUGGUGUGAGCAUGAAGGGUUAAAAAGAAGCAUUAGAUUUUUGAAGGAUGAGGGGUUGCAGUUAGACACCCUUAUUACAGACAGACACAGACAGAAUAACAAGUGGAUAAAGGAAAACCUUGAUGGAACAAACCACUUCUAUGACAUCUGGCAUGUUGCCAAGGGCACAGGGAAAAAACUGGAAGCUUUAGCAAAGGUCAAGGAUUGUGAUAUUGUUGGUAAAUGGAAGCAGUCCAUCACCAAUCAUAUGUAUUGGUCCGUAGGUUCUACACCAGAUAACAAUGGGGAUUUGAUUGUUGCCAAGUGGGAGUCGGUUAUGUGCAAAACAUCCACACCAACCACCCGAAUGCUCUUUUCCAAAGUUGUUUUCAUGAUCCCCUGGAAGAAGAUGAUGAGCGGGAGAUUGAGUGGCUUAAUCCAACAAGCAAAGCCUUUGAACAAUUGGAAAAGAUUCUUUUAAACAAGACCCUCUUAAAAGACAUUUCAAGACUUUCCAGUCAGGAGCAGACAUCUUCCUUGGAGGCUUUUCAUAGCUUGAUACUCCAUUUUGCUCCCAAGAAUACAGCCUUUUCUUAUCUUGGAAUGUUAUGUUGACUCUUCUUGGCUGGACUCCAUUAUAAUGAGAACUCUGAUCAUGACCAAAUGUUCAACAGACAAGGUGAAGCUUGCUUCACAAUCAGAUACCCGAAAGGAAGGAAAGGACAAGCUGUUGUACGUCCUGACAAAACUAAGCCUACUUAUGAUUAUGCCAUGCAUCUCCAACAAGAAUUGGUAGAUCGAUAUAUACAAGGGCCAAGCCAACUACGAGAUUCCAUCAAUAAGCUACGUGCUAGGGUACCCAACUGUCUAUCCACAAAUGCAGAUCAACCGGACAAGGCAGAAGCAGUGGAGAUGUUUGUGUCCAGAUAUAACAGAUGACACUUGAAACAUUUAUUUGUGUCUAUUAAUUAUGCUUUAUUGUUAUACUUUAUUGUUACAGCCACAUAAAAUUGUAAACUUAUAUUUUCACCUAAUGAGAAUUCCGUAGAAACUUUGUGCACAAGGCAUGAAGAAACAUCUUGUUGUUGAGUACCAAAACCAGUAUGUACAUGUAUUUUAUUGCCUUUAAGGUCUGACAAGUUGUAAGAACUUGUUGAGAAAUGCUGCAUUAGACAGUUUUUUGGGGGUUUGAACGCUUAAUUGUUAGAAUGACCUUACCGAGGUUUCUAUUUAUUUGGCCACUCAAAGUUUUUGUAUUGUCCAUCAUUUGCAGGAAAUGCAUUUCUAAUGCGUGACAUUACAGAGGCUGGUAAAGGAGUAUGGUUGUUCUUUCCCAGGAAACCCCAACACCAUCUUACUAAUUGACGAUAAGCCACAUAUCGAAACUUCCUAAAAUGUUACACAUUUUUUUGUAAAGAUUGUGCUUUAAUAUAUAAAAUGUGUUUGAUAUUUAACCAUG